CAGCUUUAUUCUAUGACAGUAGUAACAGCCAUAGAGUAGUGAGAAACCUUAUGGUAACAGCAGCAUCAACAACCAUCAACUACGACUGCACGCGCGCACAUGCAGCCGAUCAACGAAUGAAAGAGCUCCACGGAACGCCGCGGUUUUCUUCUUCCCUCUCUCUUUUUCUCUUUCUUUUUUUAUUUCGCCCGGAAUUUGGCACCAGUCGGCCAUUUGUCGUAUGAAAGAGGCUGCAGGUCAGUCGCACGGUCGCGUUCUUCGUCAGUGAUCCCGACUGUCAGAAGCUCUCCUUGUAGAAACUCUUUUAAGUACCUCAAAAUGUCGUCGGCCGCAAGCAAAGGCCCCGAAGUUACCGACAAGGUGUACUUCGACAUCGAGAUUGGAGGAAAACCGGCCGGUCGUAUAGAAAUUGGUCUGUUUGGCAAGGUUGUGCCAAAAACUGUCAAGAACUUCAAGGAGCUGUGCCAAACGCACUUGACAGAGAAAUCAAAAGAUGGUGGCCUUGUUGGCUACAAAGGCAGCAAGUUCCACCGUGUUAUCCCAGACUUCAUGCUCCAAGGUGGUGACUUCACUAAAGGAAAUGGCACUGGAGGACGUAGCAUCUAUGGAGACCGAUUUGCCGACGAGAACUUCAAGCUCAAGCAUUAUGGUGCUGGCUGGCUCUCAAUGGCCAAUGCUGGAAAGGACACUAAUGGGUCUCAGUUCUUCAUCACGUGCAAGAAGACCGAAUGGCUAGAUGGCAAGCACGUUGUGUUUGGCAAAGUUCUUGCUGGAAUGGACGUCGUGCGCAAGGUGGAGAAAGUUUCCACGGACAGCAAGGACAGGCCAACAAAAGAUGUUGUCAUUGUGGACUCCGGUGUGCUAGACGUGGAGGCUCCUUUCCCCACUGCUUGUACUGGUGCCACUGACUAGCGGCACGAAAAGCCACAAAGAGAGUGCACAAUCAUCUAAUGCUCAUUUAUGCACCCCCCCCCCCUUUUUUUUUUCAUUACCCAAAGGUGCAUUGAAAUUGGGAAUGCCCAUUUCAGGAUCAUUCCAUAUGCACACAGGCUUGUUAAGUGAAGGCUGUGCUCAGGUGUUUUCCGUUUUUUCUUGAAACAUAUUCUAAAUAAAAUGGUUACUUUGUUGA